AUGGCCAGUCACCUACGCAAGUCGGAUAGUCACUUCCUGGGGCAAUACAAGGACUACGACAAAGGGGCGAAGCACCAUCGAACUCACUACAACGCUCUGAUCGUGAACGACGACCCUAUUCCUCCGCUGAUCAUCUUGAUUUCACUAUGUAACAACCAUCAAGAGUCCAAUACGGUAUAUCCGUGCUACGAGAUGGGCCUAUGCCGGGAGAGGGACCUUCUCCGGGUAUCUCGUAUCACAUACAGUGGAUCAGAGCACCAGAUUGAGGAGCACUAG